AUGAGCCACCAGAACCACCACCACUCAUCGAACUAUGCCAAUGACCCAAACACCAUGUUCGUUCAAGCAGAUCCCUCCAAUUUCCGCGACAUCGUCCAAAAACUCACCGGAGCACCACCGGAACUCUCCGCAUCCGCCGCCUCCGCCGCACAGCAGAAGCUUCCCUUAACCCCAAAGAAACCGGCAUUCAAGCUCCACGAACGCCGUCAAUCAUCCAAGAAAAUGGAGCUGAAGCUCAACAACGUCACCAACGACUCAUUCAGCCAUUUCCACAGAGGAUUCCUGGUCUCUCCCGUCUCUCACCUCGACCCAUUCUGGGCGCGCGUGAGCCCACAUUCAGCGCGUGAGGAUCACUACUCGUCGCCGGACAUGGAAGAGCAAAAGGCCAUAGCGGAAAAAGGGUUCUACUUCCUCCCUAGUCCGAGAAGCGGCGCCGAGCCAGCACCUGAGCUUUUGCCUCUGUUUCCUCUUAGCUCUCCCAACGGCACUAGUCACCGUAUUGAUGACGAUUAUCGCGACUCUUAA